AUGGCCAGCCAUGCACGAAUUGCUCUUUGGACGAUAAAGAAUGCCAGAUAUCUCAAGCGCCAGCUGUUAGGUGAGUCGAAUCGGAAUGCUUCCGAAAGAAGAGCAUUACGGAAGACGAUUAAUGCAGCCGACACCCGAAGCAGCGAAUUCACACCAAACGCGGCUGGAUCACUCAGUCUGGAUAGCCAGAUAUCGCUGCCUCAACUGACCAGCUCAAAUUGCCCGUUACAGCCAGUGAGCGCUGGAGAAACAUGGCAAAAUUGGCAGAUGGACUCUUUGGACUUUGCCUCUAUCCCCGAUUCUGCGGCUUACGACAGCUGGAGCUCCUGCAUGCCCACUGAGAAUCAUUCUCAUGCAGAUCCUGUCGCACAGGAUGGACUUGUUUUAUACUCCUACUUCCAGUUUCUGACAGUUGGGAACCUUCACGCAAUUCCUUAUCAAGAUGUCAGUUAUCUGGAAGCUCAGGGGUGCUUACAUGUCCCGAAUCCCCUGAUCCUGGACGUGUUUAUGAAGACGUACUUUACAUAUGUCCACGUAUUUAUCCCUCUGAUUGACGAGGGAGAGUUCUGGGAAAUGUUCUCUUUAACCUUAAACGAUUCACCAAGAGCCACCAUGUCUCUUCUCGUUCUUCGGGCUAUGCUGUUUGCUAGUAGUACUUUUGUUCCUCUUCCUGUUCUGCGCCAACUUGGAUAUUACGAUAUUUGUUCCGCGAGGGCUGAUCUAUAUCGAAAAGCAAAUCUUGUGUUUGAUAUGGAGGCUGAGAGAGCUCAUCUACCACUUGCUCAGGCCGCAUUAAUGCUCAUGAAUUGGGUUCCUGAAUCGCCUGCGACAACUUCGCCUGUGCCAUACAGAACUUGGUUAAGCCUGGGGAUCCAUCAUGCCAAGCUCAUUAACGCCCACCGUCAUGCAGGAAUCUGCGACGUUGUAACAACAGCAAAUGAGCCACGGUCCAGAAUACUUCCAAGACUUUGGUGGUGCUGCAUUAUCUGUGACAGGCUAUCGUCUCUUACUUGUCGCUUCCGUUUACAGAUCACGCCUGAUAUGCUUGAUAUGGAGAACUCCCUGCCGUUGGGCUUCGGCGAUUUGCAAAGCGAGAUACAUCGAUCAAAUGUUUUCUCACCUACGGCUAAACGCCAACUAAUAGCCCUGUUUUCCAAGAACUUGAGUCUAUUGAUGUUGUUGACAGAGCUUAUUCCGGUUGCAUACCCUUUUGAGACACGGCUGGAGUCAAGUUCAGACUUCUCGGCGCAGGAAGAAGAGAACAUCAGAAAGUCUUGUGAUCUUCUUGAGGAGUGGUACGAGACAGCCAUGGCCGAGUUUUCUCCCGUGCAUCAAGUCAACACGGCCGAGGAGGGCGAAGCCACCAACUCCGUCGCAGUACAUACAAAUCUCAUGUAUAUCUACUACCAAAUCUUCGCACAGAUUUCAGGAACAGGGAGUCCCGGCUUUCACCGUGUGGAUUAUCAAUAUGGCAACAGAAGUACCGAGAUUCGUGGAGAUAUCGAAGACUCUGUUCUGGGUCUAUCAAAAUGUAUUGGGUCAUUAAUAAGAUCUCACUUGGCGAAGUAUCUUCCCAUCACAGUGAUGGGCUGCCUUGCGAUUCCCCUUUCGUUACAUCAUAUCAAUACAAGCCUGUCUUAUGAUGGCGAGUUGGCCUCGAGUCAUAUCGAAGAAUGGCCCCUUUUUGGUCUGGAGCCCAUGCAGAGACACCUCGAAGUCGUGGUAGAUGCAGCCGACACUUUCUUGGCUCAGUACUAUGGCUCUCAGUGGGUGAAGGAAGCAGCAGAACACGUUGCCAAGCUGGCCAAGUCAUUUGACAAGCUUUCAUUGCAGUCAGGUCAAGAAACUAUGAAGGACUGGGUUGAUAUCCUUGUGAGACAUCCAGAGGCAUAUCUGGGACUUGUGUGGACAGUAGACAUGUGCGUUAGUCGGAGAAAGUUGCCAGAGGGUAGAGAUUUUCCUUUGUGUCUCUGCAACGAUGUAGAGAGGCUGAAUUCAGCCCCUCGGAAUACAGAGCAUGAGCUCCUAGAGUCUCGGUCUUUGGAUGGGCAGAAGGACAUUCACCUAAGACAGUCACUAGAUUAUCUAUUGGGCAUCUAA